AUGGCUGGUACUGGCAUACACCGACCUAUGGAUGGUCGAUCCCAACAGCCGUUGCUCGAAGAUGAGCAGCCAGGUCGGCUGUCAGGGGGAGGUUUUGAGUAUGGUGACGCAGAAGGCAGGCCUAUGCUUCACCACUCGAGACGGUCUACAAUGCGGAGCAAAAGUCCGGAUGCUCUGGCAAAGCAACAGACCCGCCAGAAAUAUGUCAUAGCUUCCGGAUUCUUGUUGUUAAGCUUGGCAAGUUUUGUGAUCCAGACCGAAACCGCUGUAUACAUUCAGCAUGAUUUAGGCUGGGACAAACCAUACUGCAUGCUGUACCUCACCCACGGCUCUUGGUCCUUGCUCUGGCCGACACAGCUCCUGAUACUACGGCUACAAAAACGAAAGCUUUCUUGGGAAGCAUUCUGGCGGCGCCAUGUCAAUCUACUCUGGACAACGGGUCAAAUGGUGGAAUCUCAAGAUGUACGCCUCGCAUCGCAUGAUCCCCGCAGAUCGCCGGUUCCUUACCUACUCAAGAUGACGGCCUUUGUGACGAGUGCCCUUACGGUAGCCGGCGGCUCGUGGUAUGUCGCGGUCAACAUGACAACGCCCAGCGACUUGACGGCAAUCUACAACUGCUCUGCCUUCUUUGCCUAUGCAUUCUCGAUUCCGCUACUCAAGGACAAAUUGCGAGCCGACAAGGUGUUUUCUGUCGCCGUGGCUAUUAUAGGAGUCCUGAUUGUCGCAUAUGGAGACAGAGGUGACAAGAACACCACCGACGGAGAAGCCAAGAAUGAGGGGCAGGCUAGGCUUCUGGGGAAUAUCAUUAUCGGCAUCGGCAGCGUGCUAUAUGGCCUGUAUGAGGUGCUGUACAAGAGGUUUGCCUGUCCUCCAGAAGGGACGAGCGCUGGGCGAAGUAUGAUCUUCGCAAACACAUUUGGUAGUCUUAUUGGGUCUUUCACUUUACUUGUCCUUUGGAUUCCGCUUCCAAUACUUCACAUCCUCGGCCUCGAAGAGUUUCGAUGGCCGACAGGAGAAGCUGCAUGGAUGCUUAUGAUAUCAGUCAUCGCCAAUGCUACCUUUUCCGGAUCCUUCUUGGUCCUCAUCUCCCUAACAUCGCCGGUCCUCUCAUCUGUGGCUGCCUUGCUCACCAUCUUCCUUGUUGCCAUUGUCGACUGGUUCCGAACCGGCCAGCCGCUUUCCAUGGCCUCUAUAAUUGGCGGACUUUUGAUCAUCGCCGCUUUUUUCCUGCUUAGUUGGAGUACCUAUCGUGAGAUGAACGAAGAGCGAAAAAAGAAUAUUGAGCAAGACGACGUCGAAUCCGAUAGCGAUGAAUAG